CACAUUGGAAUUCAGGACCUUCGGAAGUCUGCAGCUUUCACUCACAAUAACUCUUCCUCCUGCUCGACGAUAACAAUUAUUACUGCUCAUUUGCUGCUUUAUGCAGACUAUUUCUUCUCCGAGUUCUUCGCGGGGAUCGCCUUCGCGUCGCGGUCGCUCUCCGCGAACGCCUGCGCAAAGCAGCGCCCCACGCUCUUCAGACGCCUUGCCGACCGAAUUUUCGAAUAAACAGCCUGCUACAUUCACUUCUUGUCUGUCAAUUCCUGUAGAAGGUGCAGUCCCUAUAGACACACAGGAGGAAAUUCUUUCUCCUUCCCAGUCCGGAGCACAGCGGAGCGUAUCCAGUAGCACCAAACGCGCCCCACGUAAAUCCAAGACACAUGCUCUGGCCGCCUUGCAGAACCAUGUGACAUCACUCGAUAAUGAUGAUAUAACACAGCAGGAACCGACCGACAAUUUUUCUGGAGAUGGCACUCCCAUCUCUGUCUCGCCCACGUUAGACUUAUCUACAGUCAAAACGUCGAGUCCUCGAACGCAGCCCAUGCGCUCCAAACCCCGUCCGUUUGGAUUAGAAGACUGCCCAGUUUUUUACCCGACGUCAGAUGAGUUCAAAGACCCUAUGACUUACAUCCGCUCCAUCUCAGAAAAGGCGAAAAAUUAUGGCAUCUGCAAGAUCAUUCCUCCCGUUGGUUGGAAAAUGCCCUGUGUUACUGAUAGCGAGACAUUUCGUUUCAAGACUCGGCUGCAACGCCUUAACUCUAUUGAAGCUUCAUCUCGUGCGAAGGUCAAUUUUUUGGAGCAGCUAUACCGUUUCCAUAAACAACAAGGCAAUCCUCGUGUAUCUGUGCCCACCAUCAACCACAAGCCCCUAGACCUGUGGUUACUCCGCAAAGAGGUCCAGAAACUCGGUGGCUACGAGGCAGUGACUAAAAACAAGAAAUGGGGGGACCUCGGGGCUCUCCUCGGUUACCGUGGCAUCCCUGGAUUAUCCACGCAGAUCAAGAACUCUUAUACACGAGUGAUCUUGCCUUAUGAACAUUUCUGCGACUGUGUUCGGAAUUCACCAACCCUGUCCACAUCUCCGACUGCAGCGCGCGAUCCGCAGCUAAAGACUCAUAUGAACAUCCAGACUGCCACACAUCCUUUGACAUCUCCUCGCGAGCGUGGUUCCCCACCAUCUAGCCCACUUACUUCUACAUCUAGCCCAUUAUCAGAACCCCCUGAUGAAGGUGAUUAUAAAGAACGUAGCGGGCCUCGACCCGAGAGCAAUGCUGUGAAGCGCGGAGCAAGAGUAGAAUUGACUCCUACGAGGAAGUCUCUUGAUGUUCACAGUCGGUUAUCUCCGGUGUCAGCUUCACCUCAGCCUGACGACGAGUACAAGCGCACCUUAGAACUUUCCUGCGAAAUUUGCCAGAAGAAAAAUCAGGACGAAAAAAUGUUGCUGUGUGAUGGGUGUGAUUGUGGAUUCCACAUCUUUUGUCUCGACCCCCCCUUGGCCACCAUUCCGAAAGGGCAGUGGUUUUGCCACAUCUGUCUUUUUGGUACUGGUGGCGAUUUCGGCUUUGAUGAGGGCGAGGAACAUAGCCUCUCGAGUUUCCAGGCGCGCGAUCUUGAGUUCCGCAGAAGGUGGUGGACCUCUCAUCCUCCACCGUCUCCAUCGGCCGCGGAUCUUGAUGACCCUACGGUGAAUUACGUCGGAAGCACGCUGAUAUCUGAAUAUGAUGUGGAGAAUGAAUUUUGGCGCCUUGUGCAGUCGCCGAAUGAGACCGUGGAGAUUGAAUAUGGUGCUGAUGUACAUUCGACUACGCAUGGCAGUGCCAUGCCCACCCUGGAGACCCAUCCACUGGAGCCCGCCUCGAAGGACCCAUGGAAUCUGAACAACAUGCCUAUUCUUCCAGAUUCCCUUCUCAGAUACAUCAAGUCUGAUAUUUCCGGUAUGACUGUCCCUUGGACAUACGUUGGAAUGGUCUUUUCAACAUUUUGUUGGCACAAUGAGGAUCAUUAUACUUAUAGCAUCAACUUCAUGCAUUGGGGCGAAACAAAGACCUGGUAUGGUAUCCCAGGAGAAGACGCAGAAAAGUUCGAGGCCGCCAUCAAGAGUGAGGCACCUGACCUCUUUGAGGCGCAGUCCGAUCUCCUAUUCCAACUCGUAACUUUGAUGAACCCGAAACGUCUCGCUGAUGCCGGAGUCCGCGUGUAUGCGUGCAACCAACGGGCAGGCGAGUUUGUCAUCACGUUCCCGAAAGCAUACCAUGCAGGCUUCAACCACGGAUUCAAUUUCAAUGAGGCCGUCAAUUUUGCGCUCCCAGACUGGUUGCCUUUUGGUCGUGAUUGUGUUCAACGUUACCGUGAACACAAGAAACUGCCAGUCUUUUCCCAUGAUGAGCUUCUCGUAACGAUUACGCAACAAUCUCAAUCUAUUAAAACUGCGUUAUGGCUGGAGUCGAGUCUUAAGGAAAUGACUGAGCGAGAGCUCGCAGCUCGUCAGCUGGCUCGUGAUCGUGGCGUUUGCGAGCGUCUCGAGGAAGAAGACCGCCCUGAAGAUCAAUACCAAUGCACAAUCUGCAAAGCCUUUUGCUACCUCUCGCAGAUCAUCUGUCAUUGCAAGAGCGAGAUUGUCUGCGUUGAUCAUAUGGAUCAACUAUGCGACCAUUCACCAGAAGAAUUGACGCUCAGGAAACGAUUUUCUGAUGCCGACCUCCGCGAGACUCUGGGAAAAGUCGUCGAGCGCGCAGCCGUUCCCGGAAAAUGGCGGACAAAAUUCAACAAGGUGCUUGUGGAAAGUGACCUUCCGUCGUUACGUUCUCUUCGCGCGCUCCUUGCUGAAGGCGAGCGAAUCACUCAUCACCUCCCUGAACUCACCGCCCUUCGUAAAUGCGUCAACCGUGGCAACGAGUGGUUGGAGGCUGCCAAUGCGUUCAUUAGUCGCAAACAAGGUCGUAAGCUCACCCGCCGCUCACGUGGCCGCCCGUCUUUACACGAAGCGAACAACGCUGCGUUUGAUGACCGUGAUGCUGGAGAUAGGCCUGACCGUGGGCUCAACGAUCUCUAUGCUCUCCUGAUGGAAGUGCAAAAUCUCGGGUUUGAAACCUCGGAGAUUGGAAGCCUCCGUACGUUGGCUGAACAAGCAGAAGAUAUCCAAUGCAAAGCCUCAGCGUUACUCAAUUCCGCCAAUUCUGUGGCCAGUCGGGACGCCUUCAUAGCUGAUUGUGAGCGGCUGCUCCUUGGCGCAUCAUCUAUCAAUGUCCAUCUUGAUGAAAUACUUGAAGUUGAGAAGCUUGUAUCUCGGGAGCAACUCAUUAGGGAGUUGGAGGGGAAGGCGGAGGAUGCGUCAGCUACACUAGAAGACAUUCGUGGGCUUUUAACCCGUGCUCGCGGUUGCAGUGUUCCUCUCGAAAACCAGUUUGUUCGGACCCUAGAGUCUCGUCAACGAGCUGGGGACGACUGGGAAGAGCGGGCGAGGCUGUUAUUGGACCAGCCACACAAGACCAUCGAAGAGCUGGACGAAUUCUUUGAGACAGACUCCACCAUUCCUAUCGAUGCCACAAUCUACGACCGGCUGAUGUCCGCGCGCAACAAAGCGAAGGAUUUCGAGAAACAGGCAAAAACUUGGAUAUCCCCUGAUGGUCAGGGACCCAAACCCAGGAUUUCAGAAGUCACGCGUUUCGUUACUCGCGCUGAAAAAGACUUCAGCAUUCCUGCUAUCAGAGAUCUGAAGCAAACUGCCGAGUUUGCUUUGGAUCUUGAGAAUCGAUGUGAAUCAAUUCUUCAGCAUCGUUACCAGCACCGAGAGGACACAGAUGUCUUUGUGAUGAUGCGGAAGUGGAGAUCCUAUGCCAGGGAGCAUCUCACUAUGUUCUCACUUCCUAUUUUCGAGAAGCUGGACGAUCAGCUCACUCGCCAUCAAGAAUGGUUAGAAGAUUUACCGUGGUACUGUCCGCAGCAUGAAUGCGCUCAUGGCCGGGACAUCCUGAAUGAUGUUGAAGAGUCAACGAGGCAGGAAGACGACAAACCCCCUGUUGAUGAGUACUUCACCUGCAUCUGCACCACCCCCGUUCGCCCCCCUCCACCUGGGACUCACUCCGACGCGGUUCAGUGUGACCACUGCUUCGCAAGGUUCCAUGGCGUUUGCGCAGCUAACGGUGGUUCAUGCCCUUUCUGUGAUCAUCAUCACUGGAAUGGUGCCAUCCACAAGGAACGGAGUUGGCACUUCUGUUUCCUGCCGACCAUCCUCCUUAAAGCACCUCCAAUAACCAAAAAUUAUUCGGAAGCCUGGAAGCAGCUGGAGAUCAUUGUUCGUCGGAUAGAUCGUUUGUGCGAAGUCAUCGGCCAAUUCUUGACGUAUGCCUCACAACCCGGCAACAAACGGGCCGAAUAUAUUCCUCAAGUGCGUCAUUACAUGCGCAAAUUGUAUAAGAUCCAGUUUGCCGUGUCUCCGAGUCGCGAAGUCUCAUACGGUCUCGACCUCGCUGGUCUGCAUCGCAUCCUCGCUGGUCAACCUCCAGCUGUUCGAGUGAAGAAGAGGCGAAGACCAAAAUUUACUUUUGGUCAAGAUGUCGACAAGGAUUGGCUGGAUGGAACGCGUUGCAUAUGCCGCGGUCGCACGCCAUACCUCAUCAAUUAUCCAACCGUUGAAUGCGAAGCUUGCAAAAGACGUUACCACUCUGGCUGUGUCUUCUUCCCUAUAGAGGCCAACGUCAGCGGCAGUAAUCGAUUUAUGUGCCCGCUGUGUUGUUUGCGUAGGAGCCGACCAUACAUCUAUUCAGAAGUCCGUGUCAAGCACGUUGCAGACAACCAAGAUCCAGACACGUAUGUCAAUACGAGCGUAAUGCUGGACACCUUCAGCAAAGAUGUUAUUUAUACGAAGAUGUUACCCCCAUAUACUCAAACGUUAUUCGUGGAACUCAUACGAUUUUUGCCCGGUCAACCUGAACUCAAUAACGGCAAUGCGCCAGCUUCACGGAGCGUUCCAGCGCAUACAAUGCCUCACAGUGCUGAACCUGGACCUUCUAUGCACCACCGGCAUUCGCAUAUUCACAGCGCUCCCAUACCACUUCCCACACCACCAACACCUGUUUAUGAGCUUGCAAGGCAGCCAUCGGCAAACGGGCAUCACGUCCCACCUCCCCCACCUUGGCAAUCCUACCCACAGUCACCACACAACAAGAAGCGUAAGUAUGCGGAUGACACUCCACAAGACAACCCGGAGCCGAGAUCACCCAAGCAGCGACGCCUUCCUCAAACUCCUGUUCUCCCGCCCGCGAGUGUAGCAGCUCGUUCGAUGCAGCAGACGCUUUCACCUUCACUGGCCAUGAUUGUAUCACCAGUUGACACCGAGCCUUCCCCUCGGCGACCGCCUUCGAUCCCUCCCCCUUAUGCUAGACCACCUUCCUCCCCGUCUCUUAACACAAUGAAUGGAGAAAGCUCUUCUGUGAAGUCUGUAAAGUUGUUGGUUGGAAAUCACAAAUAG